GUGGGGAUAAAGGGGCAGGGAGUUAAGGAGGACCAUCCGGGACUUGGCUUGGACUGGGCAAAUGGCCAGAUAAACAAGUGCAGGUUGGAGCACUCUCCGGGCUGGACUCCCCAGGAGGACAGGCUCCUUGCAGAGAGACAAUGAGCUUAGUUUUGAACAAACUGUUCAGGGCCUGUGGGACCGCCAAGAAAUCCAAGAGGCAGUGGCACAUGUGUGUCUGGGUCUCAGGAGAGGGCUCUGGGCUGGAGAGGAAGAUGGUGAGUGGCGGGGGGAUAGGCGCUGGUCGAAGGCAAGAGAGGGAAUAGAUGACCUCGGGUGUUUGUGUAGCAGAAGAGGGUCGAAGAGUGAACUCUGGGGGCAGGUUCAUCUUUCAUGGGGGGUAGAGGGAGGUGGACCUGCAGAGGAGCUUGAGUAGCGUCAGCCAGAGAGGCAAGAGGAAAACCAAGAGAAAAUUACUGUCCUGUGUCCCACGGUGGGAGUGGCCACGGGCGUGCCGGCUGCAGAGGACAAGGAAGACCAUGCGGAGGAGUGUCCAGUGGAUGGAGAGGGUCGGGGAGCCCUGGUGACCAUGGCAAGGACCCUGUCCCUGGAGCGGGGGCCUUCCCUGGAGCUGGAAGGGAGAAGGACCCAGUCACAGCCUGAAGAAGCUCUGCAUCUCCGGAGGUCUUUUUGCCAGCCAGUCCCCAUGCCUCUCCUCCUCCUGCUGCUCCUGCUGCCAGGCCCGUCACACCCCCACUCCAUCUGUGAGGUCACCAAAGUGGCCAGCCAGGUGGAAAUGAACUGUGAGAACAAGACGCUGAAGGCGCCGCCUCCAGAUCUGGAAGCAGAAACCACCAACCUCCACCUGGGUGAGAACCCGCUGGGCAACUUCUCCACCUCGUCCCUGGUGUAUCUGCCUCGCCUCACGCAGCUGCAUCUGGGGAAGUGCCAGCUGACCCGCCUGCAGGUGGACGGGAAGCUGCCGCACCUGGAGACCCUGAGGCUCGCCCACAACAAGCUGAAAAGCCUGCCCUCGCUGGGCCAGGCACUGCCGGCGCUGGUCACCCUGGACGUCUCCUUCAACGAGCUGGCCUCCUUGUCUCCCGGCGUCCUGGAUGGCCUGAGCCACCUCCAGGAGCUCUACUUGCGGGGCAACAGGCUGAAGACUCUGCCCCCAGGCCUCCUGGCGCCCACCCCGAAGCUGAAGAAGCUCAACCUGGCAGAAAACCAGUUGAAGGAGCUGCCCCCUGGGUUGCUGGAUGGGUUGGAGGAACCCGACACGCUCUACCUCCAAGGAAACUGGCUGCGCACGAUCCCAGAGGGCUUCUUCGGGAGCCACCUCCUGCCUUUCGCUUUCCUCCACGACAACCCCUGGCUCUGUGACUGCGCGAUUCUCUAUUUCACACGCUGGCUGCAGACCAACAACGUGUACGAAUGGAAGGAGGGCGUGGACGUCAAGGUCAUGACACCCAACGUGCGGAGUGUGCGAUGCAGCAAUUCGGACCAGGCCGAGUUCGUCUACACCUACAAAGGGGAGGGCUGCCCCACCCUGAGCCCUGAGGACAGCCUAGAGUAUGACGUCUACGAUGACGAGGUGCCUGCCACCAAGGCUGCGCCUGUGAGCACCUCGUCCAGCCACACCUGGGACCCCACCACCUCCUGGGGCCUGCUUUACUCCGUCCCUACUGUGCCCCUACACAACCACAGGCCCUACUCGCCUUCAACUGAGGAAGAGGCCACAGCCCCAAGUGCUGCAGGAACCACCAUGUCCUUUGCAACUCUAGAACUCACCUCAGAGCCCCUCACAACCACCCCAGAGCCCCUCACAACCACCCCAGAGCCCCUCACAACCACCCCGGAGUCCCUCACAACCACCCCGGAGCCCCUCACAACCACCCCGGAGCCCCUCACAACCACCCCGGAGCCCCUCACAACCACCCCAGAGCUCCUCACAACCACCCCGGAGCCUACAACCCCGACAGCCCCGGAGCCAACCAUAUUCUUAGCUUCCACAGAACCCGCUUCCCUCCCUAGUGCCUUAGAAUUCACCGUGACCACCAGCUCUGAAUAUGUCAACCUCUCGAAGUCCUUUGGGCUGGCCCCAGAGAACCUGGACAGCUCAAGAAACGACCCUUUUCUCAACUUGGACUCUUGCUGCCUCUCCCUGGGCUUCUAUGUCUUGGGUCUCCUCUGGCUCCUGUUUUCCUCUGUGAUCCUCAUCCUGCUGCUGAUCUGGGUCCGGCAGGUGAAACCACAGGCCCUGGCCACAGCCACGCACACCACGCAUCUAGAGCUGCAGAGGGAAAGGCAGGUGACGGUGCCCCGGGCCUGGCUGCUUUCCCUCCAAGGCUUGCUCCCCACUUUCCGCUCUAGCCUCUUCCUGUGGGUGCGGCCUAAUGGCCGCGUGGGGCCUCUGCUCCGGGGGCGGCGGCCGUCAGCCCUGAGUCAGGCUCGUGGUCAGGACCUGCUGGGGACAGUGGGCUUUAGGUACUCAGGCCACAGCCUCUGAGGAUGGCUGAUUUGGGGACCCAAGAGAGGCUCUCAUAGGUUUUCCUAUUGGGAUCCAGC